AUGCCCGCCCCUCCAUUCGGAACAGCAAGCGCAUACACAGACUCGUUCCCAGCUCCGCCGCCAAAGGCUCUCACUAUCACUGCCGAGACUUGCUUCAACCUCACCGUCUUCAGGGAGGCACCUCCAAGUCGUCCUGAAAGGCGUUAUAGCAGCGCCAUUGUCAACAAACCGAAGCUGACACACACCGUCUUCCUCCGGUUGAUCACUCGUAUCUCGCCCUUCACCACCUUCCCUCUGCCACACGCUGUUGUGAACUACGCUCUCUCACCAGACCUCGUGCGCCAGUACCGCAAGCUCGAUGACCAAGUAGUCACCCGACUCAACCGCGCAAAUGCCCAGCUUCGUGACGAGGCGCGUACGGGCAAGCACGCGACCGCCGACGGCAUGUGUGCCAAGAUGUGGUCCGAGGUGAUGGCCGGCUGGGCCCACCGCCAGACCCUCCUCACCUACUGCGAGCAGACGGUCGAGGCGUCCCUUGCCGCCAAGCGUGCCCCGACCAAGGGCGUCGACGACAAGCUCGCUGCUACUCCCCCUCGUCCCGCCGGCGUGCAGGGUGGUGCCCAGAGCCGCGGCGUCGGCGAAGAGCAGGUCGUGGCCGACCAGCUGGCCAGUGAGGCAAGCGUGGAGGCUAUUGUGAGGAGACGGACGCUUGAAGUGUUCAAGUCUCGCUGUGCCUUCUUCCACCCCUCUGACGUGCCCGGCAAGGAAUGGUGGGACCUCGCAGAGAGCGGACGCGCAGGGCAGGGCCCGGAGGUGUAG